CUCUCAAUGGGCAAAAGCAUAUAUUAACAUUAACAAGUUGCAGAAGUACAAGUCAGAACAACUAUACCAUGAUCAAUAAUCAUUCUGAGCAUCAUGAUAGCAACGAAAAUUAAGCGAUUAAUUUAUAUUAUCAUCCCUUACAGAUGUUCGGCAUCAGAUUUAGAACCUGCAACCGCGUGUUUUUGAAUAAUGCGCUUCUGUUUUCUGAGGUUCCUCAGUCCGAGUAGAUGUGGUAGUUUCAGUAGCGUUAGCUUUACUGGAAAGCCUCAUUUACUUAUGACGUGGAGAAAACUAAAUUCUGAAAGCGAUCGUUCCGUGGUGGGAACCAACAAUCAAUACUUAGUUUACGAAAGCCCACACCGUAGACUUGUCUUAGGCGCUAAGACAUUUUCAGUGCUUUCCAGUUCUAUCGUUCUCUUUUCACAACCUAUUUUGUUUUUUAAAAUCCCUGACCCGAAGGUAUUUUGUUUCGCUCUUGUUAGUGGCCUGUUGUUCUCCCUUUCUACUCCGCUCUUGCUGCAUCUUUUGACUUCUAGUCAUGUUACAGAAUUAUAUUAUGACAAGGAAAGCAAAAUGUUUACUGCUUGUCUAAAAGGAAUACUUCUCAAUACCAAGAAAUUGGAAUUCACUGCUGAAGAUGUCAAAUACAUCGAGCCGACCAUCACAAUGGCAAGCAUUAUGGCCAAAGGUGUACCGUUAUUUGUUUCAGAAGAUCACUUCAAAGAUAUUGAAGUGUAUAAACAAUUAGUGCGAUUUAAUGAGCCAGUGGAUGUAAAAAAAUUCUGAAUAAAUGCUUGGCAUCAAUAAUUCACGUUUUGGUCUUUUAUUAGAUUUAUUAUUUCUCUCUGGUUGAUUUCCUUUCCUAUAUAUUUAGGGAUCGAAAUGUCGUCCAGAUGAAACUAACAUUAUCAUUGCUUAGGACUUCUGUACUCAGUCUCCUUCAGAUAAUUCAUGAAUUAAGUUGUGUUCAGAGUCUAAAGACACAAGAAUACCUAGUUUCUGCAAAAUGACCUUUGGUGUCUAUCCUGAUGUAUCACUCACCAGGGAAGUAAAUCAAAUAAGAAGCAUUUGUUAAACGAAUAAAUAUAGGUACUUGCUGCAUAAAAACUUGCAGAUGAUUUAAAAUCUUGAGAUUAGUUCAGAUUAGUUUUCCGAUUAGUCUCACCAUUGGUCCUGGAUGUAUUGUUGCUAAUGUUUUUUGCAUUCCCAGCUCGACAACUACAUUAUGUCCAUAUUUCGGCUGACAGGUUUCUAACAGUUUAAUAACAUAAGUGUUCGGUGUUCAAACGAACUAUAAGUUGCAUUAUCACUGCAUAUAGGUUGCGACGAUAGCUUUCUACUUUCAUUUUUCUCUUCUGCAUUUAUAAAUAAUUUAGACAUUUAGCUCAUGGUUCUCAUUGCACGUACAUAUGUUAAUACCGGAGAUAUAUCUUCCCAUAAAGUAUGCAUACAUAUACGUCAAAGGAUCACAUAUUUGUUACCAUGUUAACCGAAUGUGUCUUUAUUUGAAGUUUUUAAACCUUUAUUUUCCCUUAGCGCCCAUGUUGGACUAUUCUUUCUUAUGGGACUGUGUACAACCAUGACUACAGGAUUAUUGUUUCGUCGCCGCCAAUUAGUUUCACAGAUUUUCACUCGGUUCAAUUAUAGUAAUUCAUUUGGCUCUACAAGUUCGAAGAAAAGAGCUCCUGGACAUACGCUCCAACCUUUUGUAUGCAGUAAACGAGUUGUUGUGAAAGCAGGUAAUGGCGGCAAUGGUUGUAUUGCGUUCCGACGUGCCUUUUGUAAUCCACACAGUGGUCCUAGUGGUGGAGACGGUGGAAAUGGUGCUCAUGUAAUUUUCAAAGCUGAUAAAAAUAUAUCUGAUUUAUCAAAUAUACCCACAGUUGUACAAGGUGAUAAUGGUGUGAACGGUUCAAUUGAUGAUUGUCAUGGGGCAAAUGCUGAUCAUUUAUAUCUACAGGUUCCGAUAGGUACACAAAUUUUUUCUGUUCAUAAAAAUUCUGUUGAAAGUCCAAAUCAAAUAUCAAAUGAUGAUGAUGAUAAUAAUAAUAAUCAAUCUAUUAACCUAGUUAAAACGUUAAACGCAGAUGGUGAUAUAUUUCUAGCUGCACGUGGUGGUGCUGGUGGUAAAGGCAAUACAUUUAUGACACAUGCAACAUUAGCGACAGAUUCAUUAAAGUUACCUAGUCGUAAAAAUGCUCCAUUACGUAUUGCUGAAUAUGGUGGUAAAGGUCAGUUGUGUGAAUUCAUUCUACGAAUGUCAAAACUAGCAGAUUUAGGCUUUGUAGGGUGUCCUAAUGCAGGAAAAUCUACAUUAUUAAGAAGUUUAACAAGAGCUAGACCUAAAGUUGCACCAUAUCCAUUUACUACCCUACAACCACAUAUUGGAAUGUUACAUUUUCCAGAAAAUUAUAAUCUCACUUUAACUGAUUCAGUAGAUGAUAAUGAUAAUCUCGAUAUAUCAAAUCGAACUCAUUCUAUAGCUAUUGCUGAUCUUCCAGGUCUUAUUCAUGGUGCUGCUGAAUAUAAUAAAGGUUUAGGAAUCGAAUUUUUAAGUCUCGUCGCUGAUUGUUCCAUACUAGUUUAUGUCAUUGAUUAUGGAACAUUGUGGUGUGAUCAUAAUGUAAAUCAGUUGGAUGAAAUAGAAAAUGAACUAAUUGAUCAAUUAUCUAUGCUUUAUUAUGAAGUGACCACUUAUGAUAGAAAUCUUUGCAAUCAGGAUAAGUGUUUUAUAUUAGGCAGUAAAUUAGAUUUAAUUUUUCCAAAUAAAAUAGAUUCAAGUGAAUCGAAUGUUGAUAAUACAGAUGGAAAUGCCAUACUUUUUAGAAAAUUACACCAUAUAUUGCAUAAAGCUGCUUGUUCGGUUUCUAUGAUUAAGGAUACACCGGAAAGUAUAGACCAAGUAAUGCUCGUUUCAGCCAAACGGGGUGAUAAUAUUCUUCACUUGGCGUAUAAACUUUGGAAUUGUGUACAGAAUAUGAAAGAUAAAAAGAACUAAUUUACUUCUCUGUAUAGUUGUAUAUUCUUACAAACAUAUUUUUUGUAUGAAACGAUGCUUAUUCGAUCUUUCCUACGCAAAUACUAGUGUAUAAAAAUGACUGUGAAUCCUAAUUAAAUGAGAUUUAUACUCA